UGGGAAAAAGGGAGAGAGGAAGUUAAACUUUCCCUUCCUGUCUUCCUCAGAAAAUCAAAUAUGGCAUCUUCCAUGAGGAGCUUGUUUUCUGAUCACAGCCGAUAUGUUGAAUCUUUUCGGAGGUUUCUCAACAAUUCCACGGAACAUCAGUGCAUGCAGGAAUUCCUGGACAAGAAGCUGCCAGGCAUAUUAGCAAGGAUUGGAGAUAAAAAGUCAGAAAUUAAGAUUCUAAGCGUUGGCGGAGGUGCAGGUGAAAUUGAUCUUCAAAUUCUCUCCAAAGUGCAGGCUCAAUACCCAGGAGUUCCUAUCAAAAAUGAAGUUGUGGAACCAAGUGCUGAACAAAUUGCCAAGUACAAAGAGUUUGUAGCCAAGUCUUCAAACCUGGAAAACAUAAAGUUUGCUUGGCAUAGAGAGACAUCAUCUGAAUAUCAAAAUAGAAUAAUGGAGAAAAAGGAACUUCAGAAGUGGGACUUUAUUCAUAUGAUUCAGAUGCUGUAUUAUGUAAAAGACAUCCCAGCAACCCUGAAAUUCUUCCACAGUUGUUUAGCUACCAAUGCUAAGAUUCUUAUUAUUCUUGUAUCAGGAACCAGUGGCUGGGACAAGCUAUGGAAGAAGUACGGAUCCCGCUUACCCCGGGAUGACCUUUGCUUAUACAUCACAGCGACUGAUCUCACUCAGAUGCUGGAUAAGUUGGGAAUUAAAUAUGAGUGUUAUGACCUUCUGUCCACCAUGGACAUAUCUGACUGUUUUAUUGAUGACAAUGAAAAUGGAGACCUGCUUUGGGAUUUUUUGACAGAAACCUGCAACUUCAAUACAACAGCACCAUCUGAUCUCAAAGCAGAAAUUAUGAAAGAUCUGCAAGAGCCUGAAUUCAGUGUAAAGAAAGAUGGAAAGGUUCUUUUUAAUAAUAAUCUGAGUUUCAUAGUGGUUGAAGCAUAAAUACCAAUCAUGAGAAUAUAUUCAAAAAUUAUAUUUUAAACAAUGUUGAUCAUUUAUGUCUGUAUUAAAAUUACAAAUAUAUAUCAUAAUAUAAAUAGAACAUUUUCUCAUAUAUAAAAUCUAGAAAAUUACAAGACAUUCUUGGACUCUAUAUACAAUCAUAAAUGAUAUUGCUGAUCUUAUCCCAUCCAUUCUCCAGAUGGGAAAAAUGAGACAACUAAGUUUAACUGGCUUAUUGACAAUAAAAUUCUUUCAAUUUAUUGAUUGUAUUGGAAUUUCCUAAAACACAAAUAAAGUAUGUACUAUGGAUUCUUUAAAUGUUAGUAAAGUAUGUGCUUAUUAAUACUUUGAACACUAAGAAAGUAUGUAUUUAUUGAUUUUCCCCUUUGGUAAAGAAAUAUUUGUCUUUGUACAUUCUUUUAUUGUAGUUGCUAUCUUAUU